AUGGCUCUGUCGCCCGAUCCUCCCCCAUAUUGUCAGGAGCCCGUGUCCGAGCAGGUGAAGCAGGUGGAUCCACCCCUAUAUUGUGAGGAGUCCGUGUCCGGGCAGGUGGUUGGAAAACGGCGCAGAGACCCACAGUCAAUGUCACCUAACGAUGAAAGCCGAAAAAGACUGCUCCUUCCAUCCCCUCAACCGAUAGGCUCUCCCACCGAAGUAAAUACACCAAGUACUCUCUCCCCGUCACCGUCCUCGAUUCGCCCAACUUGCUUUACGCAUGCUUCGUCUCCUGGCCACACGGAGAUUAAGAGACUUACACUCCUUGAACAUGAGCUCCGUGGUGUUUCCGAUGACCUGAUUUGCGAACUAUUGAUCCGAUCAGGACGCAAACAUCUGCUAGCCAUACCAAAAGAUGUAGACCGUGACCGGCCAUGCGAGUUUGAGAAAGUCAGCUUUCCCGGAGCUGAGAUGAUUGAGCACCGCCUCAAACGAUAUGUCGAUGAGAUGAUUGAGCGCCGCCUCAAAUCACACGUUCUUGACGAGAUUUUCGAUAGUGCUGUGAGCGAGUGUCGUGAUCAGAUCUACGACGAAUGCAAAACGAACGAAGCCGAAUUUCGUGAACAGGUCGAUGAUGGUAACUCCGAGGUACGCAAUACCGCGAGUGAAUGUAUGAAUGAAAUGAAAGAGCAGGCGCAAAUGUACAUGCAUGAAAUUGAAGAACAAGCGCAACAGUACAUGAAGGAUAUUGAGGAUCAGGGAAUUGAGGUUGAGAUGUUUGCGAAGAAAGAAGUCGCAAAGCUCAAACGAUGGUUCAGUGCUUUUGCUCAGUCUUUACUUGAUAGCAAGUCAAGCCCUAGCCAUGAACUGGGUGCUAAUGCCAGGCGCAGUUCCAUUUAG